GGCGCUUCUCCGAGAAAACGGUACCGAGGCGAGUUUCUCGGCGCUCCGAGCUCCGCUCCGCGGGGCUGUUGGCGGCGCUCCGUGCCGCGUCUGCCCGAGCCGUGUACGCGGUGCGGCUCGGCGCGGUGCCGGCGGGCGGCGGGGAGUGCAGCAGAUCUAAUAGAAAAUGUAUACGUAGCUCCGCGGAGCAGGAAGGAGCCCAAGUCUCCAAAGGCAAGUGAGCUCCCCGAGCACCGGCCACAGAUGAACAGCAUCACUGUUUCUAAGAAGCGCAACUGGCUGCACCAGAGCACCCACCGAGCCCCCCGCCUGGAGGGAGAAAGCACGUGUAAGAAGACACCAGGGGCUGUCACCCAGGCCCCACGGCCCCCCAGCCCGCUGCCCUCACCAAGGGUGCGGGGGGCUCCUGCCAGGUCCCCGGCAGGGCCGGAGCGCCCCAGCCUUGGCUGUGGUGCUGCAAGCGCCCCUCCGAAUGCCACAGGCUCUGCCGCACUGCAACGCUGUGCCUUUGGUGAAGACAACGAUGCAGAUGAUGAAGGAGAAAUAUGGUAUAACCCCAUCCCUGAAGAUGAUGAGCCAGAUGUGCUGAGAGUCCUCCAUCCUGCUGCCCAUAACCCUGUCACUGUGGACUGCCCCGCAGGCUGCUGCAAAAGAUUGCCUGUCCGGGACCUGGGGAGGGCAUUAGGGCCCCUCGAUGUUCCCCUAUGCUCCCCAGAGAGAGCGGGGGACACUCAGCCUGGCGAGCUGGGUCCUGCCGACACCGUGCAGCCCGGAGAGCACCUGCUGCAGCAGCGGCAGAGGUUUGCCAGCAAGCCCCAGAGCGUGCUGGCAGCAGAGGAAAAUCCUGCAUUUAAGUGCCCCUCAGCAGGGCCUGGAGUUGUACUUGCACACAAGAUUGAUAUACCAAUAACAGAAGUUUCUCCUCCAAGUCCUAGUCCCUUGAAAAAAAGUGGAUCAAUCAAUUGGCCUUUCCCCGAUCGAAUCAAAUCUCCCAGAACUGUGAGGAAGCUUUCCAUGAAAAUGAAAAAACUGCCAGAACUCAGCAGGAAGCUGAGUGUCAAGGGAACUUCAAGCCAUAAUAGCUCAGAUAAUCCUUCUUCCCUGCAGAAAGGGAGCUCUCGGGAUACAAGCCAUACAGCGUCUUUGCCAUCUUCUGGAAACUCAACUGCAGCUGCCAGCAGGAACGUCAUAAGUCGUUACCACCUCGACAGCAGUGUGUCAUCACAGCACACCUACAAAAAGAAAAGCUCAAGGAAUUCCAAGUCCUCCAGCAAAGGUGGUUACCUCAGUGAUGGUGACUCUCCGGAACUUUUAACCAAAUCAGGCAAACAUGGACAUGAAACCAAGUGUGGGAAGGGAAAAGAGAGCUUUCCAAGUAACAGUGGUAAAACUGAGAUAGAUAUCGAUGCUUUCAGGCACUACAACUUUUCUGAUCAACCCAAGUGUUCCCAGUACAUCUCUGGACUUAUGAGCAUUCACUUUUAUGGUGCUGAGGACUUGAAACCACCAAAAAUAGACUCAAAAGAUGUCUUUUGUGCAAUACAGGUUGACUCAGUAAACAAAGCAAGAACAGCCCUGCUUACAUGUAGGACAACAUUUCUAGAUAUGGACCACACAUUCAACAUAGAAAUUGAAAAUGCUCAGCACUUAAAGCUGGUGGUGUUCAGCUGGGAGCCCACCCCACGGAAAAACCGUGUUUGUUGUCAUGGCACUGUGGCUCUUCCUACUCUCUUUCGAGUGACAAAAACACAUCAGCUGGCUGUCAGACUGGAACCAAGGGGGCUUAUUUAUGUCAAACUGUCACUUAUGGAACAGUGGGAGAACUCUCUUGAUGGUUUGGAUGCAGAUCGGGAACCAGUGAUGUUUGGUGUAGAUGCUCGAAAAGUGGUAGAGAAGGAAAGUACAGGCCUGAUGGUGCCGCUUUUAAUUCAGAAAUGCGUAAUGGAAAUUGAAAAAAGGGGCUGCCAGGUUGUGGGCCUGUAUCGGCUGUGUGGCUCCGCAGCGGUGAAGAAGGAGCUUCGAGAGGCGUUUGAGAGGGACAGCAAGGCAGUGACUCUCUCUGAAAGCCGGUACCCAGAUAUUAAUGUGAUAACAGGUGUCCUAAAGGAUUACCUGCGAGAACUGCCCUCUCCACUGAUAACCAAACAGCUCUAUGAAGCAGUAGUGGAUGCCAUGGUGAAAAAUCCCUUGAAGAUGGCAGCCGCUGGUUGUGAAAAUGACCCGAGUGACUCUGAGCACACAGCAGCCCUUCUGGAUUGCCUCCCAGAUGUUGAGAAGGCUACCCUGAAGAUGCUGUUGGAUCACCUGAAACUGGUGGCUUCUUACCACGAAGUAAAUAAGAUGACCUGCCAGAACUUAGCUGUGUGCUUUGGGCCCGUGUUACUGAGCCAGAGGCAGGAGACCACCAACCACAACAACAGAGUCUUCACAGACUCGGAGGAGCUUGCUAGUGCCCUGGACUUCAAAAAACACAUAGAAGUUCUUCACUAUUUACUUCAGCUGUGGCCAGUGCAUCACUCACCUGCCCAGGAACCUGCACAUCCCAGCACGCCUCCCGAGCACUUGUUGUCCCUGCGUUACCUGAGGCCGCGGCGGCAGAGACCACAGAUGCUGAACCUGAGCAGCGCUGACGCAUGCGGGAUGCUGCGGCCAAGGCCGGCUGGCCUGGACAGCCCUUCCAGCAACCGCUACGCAGGUGACUGGAGCGGCUGUGGGGAAAGCUACUUCUGCAGCCCCGGGGACUGCCUGGGCGAGGCAGACUAUGACGAUGUCCCUUCGGAGGACUCAGAGAGUGGGGAUGACAGCAGCAGAGUCGAUGAUGCCGACGGCCUGAUGAAGCGCCCGCAGCCCCUCCCCGGAGAACACGCGUUCCAGAGCUAUCUGACAAUGCAGGCGAUAGACUCAGCGGGGAGCCACAGGGCGAACCUCAAGGACCUACAGGAAAGUAUCGAUACCCUGAUAGGAAACCUGGAAAGGGAACUCAACAAAAACAAGCUGAACAUGAGCUGCUGAGCCCGGUCCUGCGUGGUGCCUCCUGCUGCGUGCUGCAGCAAGGCUGUGGCCUGCCGUGUGAACGAACCCACUGACAGGCAUUCCCUCCUGUUUGUGCAUUCCUUGUAGAAGAGCGUGUUAACCUGAUUCUGGUGUUUAAGGCAAAAGCUGAGAGACCACAAAGUGACUCCACGUAGUAACAUUUCUCCCUAAAAAUGCUGUGCCCUUUGGUGGGUGGCAUCUGACAGCAGGGCAGACACCAUACACUGCUUGUAACAGCAGGGCUCUUCCUCCUGAAACUCAGCUCUGGUACAGAAGUUCCUCUCAGAAGGGGACUAACGCUGCUUGGCCUGAGCUUUGCAGCAUCAACUUCAGACAAACUCAUUUUACUAUAUAUGCAAUGGCUGCUAUGAAAAGUGCUUUAUAUAUAUAUAUAUAUAAUAAUAAUAUAAAUAUUUAUAUAUAAAGUUUUAAUUGUACAAAUAUUAAUGUAUUCAUGUAUUAACACUUUUCAAUAAUUAAUUAUUUAAGCAAGCAAAAAUUAAAUAUUUUUCUAACCUUGUUGUAUAUAUCUGUGUACAAACAUGCAUGUCUCUGUCCACCUUGAGAGGUCCCGGAGUUCUGAAACAUCCCAUUCGAAGAGAGUGAUGCCAAGAGGAAGCUGCUUUGUGUGUAGCACAGCACUGGAUUUGUGCAGAGAAACACAUCCAGCAAGAAGGCAGGGUAGAUGGUUAACUUAACAGCUUCUGAGUUGCCAGGCAUUGGUUCACAUGUGCUCCCCUCAAAUCCACCCCAACCUUUUACAGUAGUUGUGAGGGCUUUCCAGGAUUUCUAGCAGUGAACUGUGCUGCUGCCCUUCAGGGUGAUCAGUGUGUGCAAUAAGGAGAUGAACGCACUGUUCUGUAGUUUUAUUCUACAGAUUUUUCUGUUUUUUUUUUUCAUGUAAAGGAGGGUCCUGAGGUGCUCACUUCAUAUUUUCACACAAUCACAGAAUCCUUAGAGUUGGAAGGGACCUUUAAAGGUCAUCUAGUCCAGCUCCCCUGCAAUGAACAGGGACAUCCACGGCUGUUUUGAAGACUUCUGGUGUGUCCUGGUAAGCUCAGACUUGGUCCUGGCUGUUUUGAUGCUUCUUUUUGCUGCAGAGCUCCAUGUGCAUUAGUUGAGCUGCAUGUUCUGGCUACCGGUAGGAGUGCCUGAGCCCCUCUGGCUCUGGAGAUGCAAUCUCAAGUUCUACACAAAGGCAGUCAGGUUUUCUGACUCUUUCGGGUAAAGUGAUCUCCCCCAGUGGAGCCGGGUGGGUGGGGUGUUAUGGGAAGCAGGGUGGGAUUGUGGUUCAGCUCUGAGAUGCCCAGCACCAGGGCUGUGUCAGCCAAAAGGACAGAGCUUAACUCUCCUUGUUCAUCUGGAUGGUACUGGCUCCCUGCCAUGGGUACUGUGGGUAAGUGCUUUGCUCUAACCGCUGCUUCCUUGUACUGCUUGUGAGGUUAUUUAUUUACAGGAGCAAGGAAUUAAAUACUAGGACAGACUUCAUCCCUCUUUUUUUAAGAAUUACUUUAGCAUGGUCUCAAAUGGUUUAAUCAGUCCCGUUAAUUUAUUUUUUUCUAAGUGUUAAAAGAUUCAUAACAGUUAUUGCAAUAUAAUGAUAAUGUAUGAAAAUGUAAAUUUAACCGGAAACAUUUAUCAAUAAAUCAAUGUAUUUUUUUAAACUUUUAUACCUACAGAAUGGGCAAUACAUUUUGAACAAUAAAUUUUAAUUCUAAAUAAAAUUUGAUGAAGAACAGAAUUUGACUGAGCCCAGUUACUGUUCUUUAAAGCCGUGUAAGGUUGUGCCAUGUAUUUGCACUGGCUGCAUGCAGGAGUUCCUUCCAUACAGGUACUUAACUUCUGGGAAGAUGUAUUGAACACUGGGUGUGAAAAUCUGCUAGCAUUAUUAAAAGGUGGGGGUGUUAAAGUUGCUCAGUAAGCAUUACCUUAAGCUUUCAUCUUUUAUAGUAAUCUUGGCGAUGACAAUGAGUGCAGUUGAAUAAGCAGAUGCUUUUUCUACAGAAAGCUGUAAGUUGGUGCAGCAAUGUGCUGCUCUGUCAAGUUUUAAUGUUUUAAUCUUACAAAAGGAAAUGAAUGACCUGAUAGAUGUUAUUAAUGUAACUGUAUUUAAUUAUACUAUAAUAAAGCAAAACCACUUCAGAAGGGGUAGUAUUCAAAUGAAACAUUUGCUGUUAUUCCGGUUAUGGCCACUUGUAGGACAAACUUUACAUCCUGGUUUUGACCAGAGAGCUGCUCCUGCUGGCCUAGGUAGCAACCAAGAGUUUUCAUUUGUAAGAUAGUUCUACAUUAUUGAAACUAAGGUUUCACCAGGGAAAGAAGAAAUGUGUCCAUAGGUCUGUGCUGCCAGGUAUUCAGGGUCUAACACACCUGGGUUCAGGAAUGGCCUAGCCAGUUCACAGACUUUGUUUAAGCAGGACUGUCUGAAUGUUGCUUCUAGCUGGGGAAAACUUCGCAUUGUGACGGGCUGCAACAGGAGAAUGGGCUGGGCUGCUUCUCCUCCUGUCUGCAGCAUCCCAGGCUGGCUGGAGCCCACAGGAGUGAGCAGGGGAUGGGUAUGAGUUGGGUGGGAUGAAGAGCGGAAUCCCCUGCAUGGAUCUGGGGUUCUUAAGCUUCCGGGGGCCCACAUCCCCAGACAGAAACUUCAGGUCUUCAGAAUUUUUUUGCCCACGUGUAUAAUGUGUAUGGAUUUUUAUUAAUGCACAAGCAAGGAGCAUAGCUGCAGCUGUUCAGAUGUUCUAAAUAUAUCCCAACAGCAGAUAUUCAGGGGGUUUACAGUAUAAAUCUAUAAAUCUGAUAAGUCAGAGGUACAGCUGGUAUUUCUGCUGCCAGAUCUUAACCCUUUCAACUUCCUCCCCAUCCUGAGGUUUGGGGUGUUUUAACAGUGGAACUAUCUUUUCAAAUAAGAAGUCUUCUUCAAAAACUGGAGCUAGAAACACUUGAAAGAUGGUUAUUGAAGAUCAGGGGAGGAGUUUUGGUAUUUCUUUUGAUAGUAACUACAUACCAUGGCAUUGGUUUUAAAAUGCCAUCUGAGGCAACGAAUUAACUGCUUUCAUUUUGUUUGACUCUUUCAGAGCCAUGUGGGAUGUUCUGUGCUUUGCCAUAACAUCAGCCAGGUCAGAUCAGCCUUGAAGCAGCCUGCUGUAAGGUCAUGCAAAGCAGUCCCUCUGGGUAUUGGAACAUCCGGGAUUACCCUAGAGAGGGUAGAAGAUCACAACAGAAUGUGUAAACUCAUGUAUCUGGCACUGGAGAUUAGCAGGGAAGUGCCUCUGCUCUGUUUUCUUCAUGGCAUUGAUCUGCUGCCUCCUUUUUUGCUGCCUCCUUUCCCUUACCAUCAGAAAACCCAGCUGAAAUCCCACUGUCUUCCAACUUGCAAACCAGAGAGCUACUUUGUAGCAUGCAUUGAACUUGUCCGAGUUUUGCACUGAAAUCCAGCUCCCCGAGGCAGUGUAUGGGGUUGUCCAUGUGGUUCAUGCUGUGGUGGAGGGGGCAGCCUGGCUACAGCCCAGUGCCUGGACAUUGAUACAGUGAGAAUAAGGCUGAGCAUGUGCUGAUAAUGGGGUGAUGGGGCAGGACAGCCAAUGUGCAGGGAAGGCAGCACUGACUGUCCUUGCCUGGAUCAGUGGGGACAUGCUGAGACCUCCACUCCUCUACAUGGUAGGGAGGGGAGGCAGCGGGAGCGUUCCAGGUAAGCCAUGGCCGUACGGUUGGCUUGUUAUGUAGUUGGCAGUUAAUAAAAAAUCUGCUAACAAUAAUCUGCAGUCGUGUUCGGUGCAAUCCCAGACUGAUAACCAAGAGCGGAGCUCUGUGGUGAGUCAGUGGUGGGAUGUUUGCAUGUCCCUGUGAGUCAGAUUGUUAGUUAAAUAUUGGUUUAGCAGGGGAACUGUGUUCCCUUCCUGUUGGAGCUCUGACUGCAAACAGUGGUGCAGGUGGUAGGGAUGGGCUUACUGAGUUUUCUUUGGUUUUAGUUUACAGGUAGUUUCAUAUGAGGAGCAUGAUAUAUUUUUAUAAGUUUUAGACUAAAGACUAACGAGCAAAAGGCCAUUUUUCAAACCAAGUCCAAUGCAGUCGCACCAAACCUGUCUUAAAUCCAACUGAACUUGAAAGUGGUAAAACUACAUGACAAGGAGAUCUUGGCAGCUGCAGGGGUGUUUUAAGACUACCUCAAACCAGUGUGCAGUGCCUGUUACGGGAUGCAGGAAGCUGACUCCUCGCCUGUUCUGUAGCCAUUAGACCAUGUUUUGCUCCAAUGAAACAGAGCACCAGAGCUGGCCAUCGCCUGUCAGCUGGAGUUCCUCUGCACAUCCUCUGUGUGUCAGUUUUCUGCUUUGGUUCCUGCUGUGGAUGUCUGUUAUUCAGGAGCCAGUGACUCCUGUCAAACAGUUCAUUGAGCCAUGGAAAUUGUGAAUUUGCCCAUCCAGAGUUUAACCUGUCUUCCACUGAGACAUUUAAUUUCUCCUUGCCAAUCCAUGCUCAGUUAUGUGUGCUGGCCUGGCUAUUGGAACCAAGCAGUAAGCAGAGCACUGCAUACGGAGAGUUAUCCUAGGGAUGGAGGGUGAACAUUAAUAUUAAUGAGCUGUUACUCAUUUACACCAUAAAUGUUGAAACUUCUCUGUAACACAGUUCAAUUUCACUCGAGAAUAAUUAUCUUCUGACAGAAUUACAAGCCCUCAGCAGCUGCAGUGUGCUUAGUAGAGGCUGUUUGUUCUGAGCGGCACUGACUUAUGUGAUGGAACAAUCUAUUUUAUGGCUUUGGUUCUCAGCUUGUGAAGCAUUUGCCAGGCUUAAAUAUAAUUAUUUUCUAAUCUGAUGCUGACAAGUGGAUGUAGUUCGGCUUGAAAAAUUUGGAGCACAGAUCUGUGCUUUUGGUUCAGCAGCUGCUGGAAUUUUUUCUUAGUAAUUAACACAGUUCUUUCUGAAGCAUCAGCACGUGGCUUUGGCAGCAGCACAAGGGACUCAGCCUGGUGGCUGUUCUGUUCUUGUCUUAGAGAUUCGGUUAUCUUUCUAAGAACUCAAAGCUUUCUAAAUGUGUCUAGACUUCAAUAAAUAAACCACAGAGCCUUUUCACUGGGAUAAUCUUUACAAAUGUUUCAUGAUCUCUCAUGAUCCAUAAACUUGCAUACUGUAUAAAAUAAUGCUUUCCUAUGAAUGAUCUCAGUGCAGGUUUCCUGUUGUUACACUUUGAAAGUGAGUUUUCAUUUCACACGCAUGUGAAUAUCUACCUGCACAGAUGAGUGUGUGAAUAGCAAAGCCAUAGAAAGAAUUAAAGAGUAUUUAUCAUGCACUCUCAAUUGAUUUCCUCCCAACUGCCAUUAAUCUGUUUUAAGCAAUACCUCUGAGACUUUUAAAAUUACAUAUUAAUGUAAAGGUUUCUUAGGGAUGUGAAGCACAGUAUAAUGUUUACAUUCAAAUGGAUGGCUGAGGAUCAGAGAAAAAGUAUGGUGUCAAGAAGAUACCCUGAUUUUCCAUAGAGAUAUUUUCAGGCAUUGAGAACGUGCCCGUGAGUUUGUGCAGUAAGAAAAGAAAUAAGCAGUAUGAACUUUUUGGGGAUCAAAACAAGAUUUAAUUUGAAACAUUUGGCAUUAGAACACAAACCCGGAGCAACAACAAAACCUGAGGAGCUCUGUAGGAGCUGGCUGCGGCAAUCGCCUUGGAGAGCCUUUAAUAAAUGGCUUAAUCGUAUCGCCCUCUGCCGGAGCGACGGGAGAUUGCAGACUGAUGUGCGGUGAAAGCUCUGCCGGGAGAACCGUGAGGUGGAUGCAAGUAAGUUGUUACACGCUGCUCAGCAGAAUCCCAGAAUCGAAUGCUUCUGCAUUUGGAUUCCAAAGAGAGACUUGGGUUUUCUUCUGACUUGCUGAAGGGGUAUUCAUUUCCCUGGAGAAAAAUCUGUGCACAGAGGAAAGAGAUCCAAGGUUGAAAAAUCCAUUGAAAAGAAAUACUGGUUAGAGCCUUUUCAUCCACUCCACCCCAACAGGAAAACUUUUCCUGAAGGCCACAGAAGAAACUGCACGCAGUACCUUUUUUUUUUUAAUGUUUCUGGACAGAGAUGAGGAUGCAGUGACUUUUCUUUGAAAAUGAGCUCAUUACUGCCCAUUUCCCUGUUUUUAUCUGUUCAGGUGUGUUUCUUCUUUAGAAUUCCAGAAGGCAUUUCACAACUGUAACAAAAGCUAAAAGUUAAAACAGACUGUUCCUAAUGAGAAACACAGUCCUGCUUUGCUCGUGAAGGUGGGGAUUAAACUAUUGAAGAGAGGAAAAUAUGGAUGGGCCACAGAGAAGUGAAUGAAGGGAGAAAUAUUUCAUAAAGGCAGAAAAAGGAACGGCUGGGAAGCCCUAGGCUGAGAGUAAAUUUGCCAAAUGAAAUGCACAACAAUAUAGUAUCAAUUUCAAAUAUGUAUAGUGUCAUGUAUUCUGGUUGGGCUUUCAUUAUUUUUAAUGUUGUAAUUUAUGGGUGAAUAAUUUAAUUUGUACAGUGAUAAACUGAAAGAUAAUUUCUGAAUGGAACUGGAUUUUAACUAUUUCAGAUUUUCCCGGCCUGAGCGGAUCUCUGCUGGGCACCAUUUUGUGUGUGAAAGAGAAUCGUUUGCUUUGGAGUGCUGAUGAACGUGCAUGGCUUUAAGUCUGUUUAUUUACUUGUGUUCACUUAGCGGAUUUGACUGAACAGAAAAGUGAAUAAAGCUGCUUGUCAGAUAACAAGAGAUUCUUUGCAAAAUCAUACAGAAUUCUAAAUGGUUCUGUGUGUAACAUUGAACAUCUCUUAUUUUUUUUUCUUCCUCUGAAUCCUCCAUUUUACAUGCUUUCAUUGAACUAUUUUUCUCCUUUUGUCCAUCGAGUGAUAAAUGCUAAACUGCUUGAAGAUGUUGUUACUGAACUUUCUGUUUUCAUACAUGAAUUACAAUUUUAUUUUGUCAAGCAGUGCAAGAAUUUGGAAAUAAACAUUUCCUUCCACUUUUGCUGUUGUUGUUGUGUGAUAUUCCUUUCUGUUUUUCAAGUGAAUCAGCAGAUGUCAUUUUCAUGAUACUG